AUGGGCUUCGGUGAUCUUGAAUUCAUUUGCCGCAAGGCAGCCCUCCCGCUAUGCUCUGUGGUCGGCCCCCCUUCGACAGUGACAAGCGGCUCCCGCGGCAUUCUGGCCAACUGUUACGCGAGGAAUAUCGAGGUUGCGAACACCAUCAUUUUUCAAGGGGCUGCAGAUGUCGCGCAUAUCGCUGCAUUGGCAAUGACGGUGAUUAUGGUAAUUCAUGUGCGGUCGAAAUUUACUGCUGUCGGUCGAAAGGAGAUCACGACAUUCUUUUACAUAUAUAUGGCAUUAACAAUGUGCUCUCUGGUCCUUGAUUCCGGUGUCAUUCCUCCUGGAAAUACCGUCUUCCCGUACUUUGCAGCCCUCCAGAAUGGUUUUUCGUCGGCCCUCUGUACAUGUUUACUUGUCAAUGGUUUUGUGGGAUUUCAAAUCUACGAAGAUGGAACGACACUCUCUGUUUGGCUGCUUCGACUAUCAUCCCUUGGGAUGUUUGGCAUCUCCUUCAUUAUCUCACUUUUAACUUUCAUGGGAUGGGCAGGUCUCUCACCGUCGAAUACGGUUGGGCUGUUUGUGAUCCUCUACAUUGUGAAUGCAAUCUGCCUCAUCGUAUAUGUAGUGAUGCAGAUUAUCCUCGUCGUCAAUACUUUGCAGGAUCGCUGGCCACUGGGUCAAAUUGCCUCUGGCGUGUUCUUCUUCAUUAUCGGCCAGGUGAUACUGUACGUGUUCAGCGAAACCAUCUGUGAACAAGUCCAACAUUAUCUCGAUGGCGUAUUCUUUGCAACCCUUUGCAACUUACUAGCAGUUAUGAUGGUAUACAAGUAUUGGGACUCCAUCACCAAAGAGGAUCUUGAAUUUUCAGUUGGCGUCAAACAGAACAACUGGGAAGUUAAGGAGCUUUUGCCCGAAGACGAGAGAAGAGCCACAGUUUACCACGACACCAACUCUGAUUAUGCAAGCAGCAUGUACCACCAGCGAAAUUCCACUUAUGGCACCGGCCACACCAGUUAUUAA